GCGUCUGACCACCAUGUCGACCGCUAUCGAAGCCCCCACGCUCGAGAGCCAACGGCCUACGGUCGAGAAGAGCCACAGUAUGGCGUCGUCCAAGCGGGGUUAUGAUGACGAGAAGGAGACUGGCCCGUACGAUGUGCACACUGGCGUCGUGCACGAUACGGAUGUCGGUGAAGUCUUCGACGACGUCCGUGCGAUCGAUUUGGACGAGACGGGAAAAGAGAAGCCAAUCGAGAGUGACGAGGAUUGGGCCGUCCGUCUGAUGUCCUUGGAGGAUGACCCGACCCUCCGUAUUUGGACUUUCCGAACGAUCUUCUUGGGUCUUGGUCUCAGUUGUUUCGGUGCUGUCCUUGGCCAACUCUUCUACUUCCGUCCACAAACGGUAUACGUCAGCCAGCUCUUUCUGCAAAUUAUCUCGUACAUUCUUGGCAAGAUCAUGGAGGAACUCGUUCCGGGACCUGGUACGACCGCAAGAUUCAAGACUCGCGACAACUUGUUUUGGAGUUUCCUCAAUCACGGUCCAUUCAACAUUAAGGAGCACGUUGCGAUCACCGUCAUGGCUGCAACCGCGUCUACUUCCGCCUUUGCCAUCAGUAUCUUUGCUGCACAGAACCUGUACUAUAAUGUCGAUCCCAACCCCGCCGUUGGCAUCUUCACGCUCAUCAGUUCGCAGUUGGUCGGCUACGGGCUAGCGGGAAUUUGCAGAGUUUUCCUCGUCUAUCCUACUUACGCCAAGUAUCCCAUGCUGGUUCCUCAAGUCCAGUUGUUCGACGCGCUCCAUCGUGGACAGAGCUUCUUGCUCCAGAAGAAGCGUGUCCGAUUCUUCUGGACUGUCUUCGUCGGCAUCUUCAUCUGGGAGUGGUUCCCGGAGUACAUCGCUCCUCUCCUCAACGGUUUCAGCAUCUUCUGCUUGGCCAACCAGAACAGCGCUUGGUUCACCAGGAUAUUCGGAGGUGCAGCUGGUAACGAAGGCUUGGGCAUGUUUGCUAUUUCCACCGAUUGGAAUUAUAUCGGUUCCGGAGGAGGUGCCAUCGGAAGUCUGUUCACACCGCUAUCCGUGCAACUAUCUUUAUACGGUGGCUGUGCUGUCUGCAUCGUCACGUUCUGCGCUGUUUAUGCGAUGAACGUCUUCAAUUCGCAGAGCUUCCCCUUCCUGUCUCAGCUUCUCUUCUUGGAGAACGGCACCGAGUACGAUCAGCUCUUGAUCCUUAACGAUGACUAUACCUUGAACCAGACGAAGCUCGAGGCUGUCGGUCUUCCGUGGUUCGCUGGCUCCCAGGUCAUCUUCAAGGCCAGUCGUACUAUGUACAUCGGCGCUGCUGUCGCUCAUUUCGCAUUGUGGCACGCACGCGACAUGUGGGAGAUCAUACUCAAGAGCAGGACGGAGGAAUGCCAGGACGCCCACUACCAGAAGAUGCGGAUCUACAAGGAGGCCCCACAGUGGUGGUACCUCGUGACGCUCAUCAUUACUAUGGGCAUGUCCAUCGGUCUUUGCUAUGCCGCAGACUCUGGUCUUCCUUGGUGGGGUGUGAUAGUCUCGAUGAUCUUCGCGGCUGUGUUCUUACCCAUCGUCGGAACGUUGUAUGCUACGGUCGGGUAUGCACCGAGUAUUGAGAACCUCGUGCAGAUGGUUGGUGGAGGUAUGAUUCCCGGAAAGCCAGUCGCCAACAUGUACUUCACCAUGUACGGGUACAACUCGGUCACGCAGGCGUAUACUCUUCUGCGUGAUUUGAAGAUGGGCCAGUACUGCAAGAUCCCUCCUCGCUCUAUCUUCACGAUCCAGAUGCUGGGCACAAUUAUCGGCGGUAUUCUCAACUUCGUCAUCAUGAGAGUUGUCCUUACGGCGAACAGGGAAGUCCUUCUCGACGUCCAGGGCACAAGCGUCUGGUCCGGCCAGCAAGUCCAGUCCUACAACAGCGGUGCCAUCUCCUGGGGUGCCCUCGGAAAGCCUCUCUACGCCCCGGGCACCCGUUACGGUUGGAUUCCAUGGACCAUCGUCGCCGGACUUGGCUUCCCCAUCCCCUUCUACGUCCUCCACCGAUUCUGGCCAAAAUUCGGCUGGAAUUCCGUCUACACUCCCGUUGUCGUCGCUGAGCUCGGAUACCUCGCCGUCGGCAUCAACUCAUCCGUCUUCACGUCGUUCCUCCUCGCUAUAUUCUCCCAGUACUACCUUCGCCGGUACCGCCCACGAUGGUUCCGCAAGUACAACUUCCUUCUCUCUGCUGCUCUGGACGGCGGAACCCAGGUCAUGGUCUUCGUCUACUCCUUCGCAGUCGGAGGCGCAAGUGGGACCGCUAUCGCCAUGCCUACAUGGGCACUGAACCCCGCCGGCAAUCCCGAUUAUUGUUUGCGUUUGUCUGAUUAAGGUGUUAUGGUACUGGGAUGUUUGUUGUAGUUUCAUUAUUCUUUUUUGUAGUUUGUGUAUGUGGCUGUUUUGUAGUCUUGGGUCUCCUGGUUUCGGAAUCGAUCUCUCUUC